AUGUAUGGCAUCUCUGACAAUGUUACAAAGCACCACUGCCUUGCACUGGAAGUGCAUUCGAAUGGCAGGAUUUGGAAUUUGGUUGAUAGAAAGCUUCUCAAACUGUCACCUAACUCAGAACUUCUCAAACUGUCACCCAACUCAGAGCUUCUCAAACUGUCACCCAACCCAGAACUUCUCAAACUGUCACACAAAUUAGAACUUCUCAAACUGUCACCCAACUCAGAACUUCUCAAACUGUCACACAACCCAGAACUUCUCAAACUGUCACCUAACUCGGAGCUUCUCAAACUGUCACUCAACUCAGAACUUCUCAAACUGUUACCCAACUCAGAACUUCUCAAACUGUCACACAACCCAGAACUUCUCAAACUGUCACCUAACUCGGAGCUUCUCAAACUGUCACUCAACUCAGAACUUCUCAAACUGUUACCCAACUCAGAACUUCUCAAACUGUCACACAACCCAGAACUUCUCAAACUGUCACCUAACUCGGAGCUUCUCAAACUGUCACUCAACUCAGAACUUCUCAAACUGUUACCCAACUCAGAACUUCUCAAACUGUCACACAACCCAGAACUUCUCAAACUAGCUUCUAAAACUGUCACACAACUCAGAACUUCUCAAACUGUCACCCAACUCAGAGCUUCUCAAACUGUCACCCAACUCAGAACUUCUCAAACUGUCACACAACUUAGAACUUCUCAAACUGUCACACAACCCAGAACUUCUCAAACUGUCACCCAACUCAGAACUUCUCAAACUGUCACCCAACUCAGAACUUCUCAAACUGUCACCCACUCAGAGCUUCUCAAACUGUCACCCAACUCAGAAUUUCUCAAACUGUCACCCAACUCAGAGCUUCUCAAACUGUCACCCAACACAGAACUUCUCAAACUGUCACACAACUCAGAGCUUCUCAAACUGUUACCCAACUCAGAACUUCUCAAACUGUUACCUAACUCAGAACUUCUCAAACUGUCACACAACUCAGAACUUCUCAAACUGUCACCCAACUCAGAAUUUCUCAAACUGUCACCCAACACAGAACUUCUCAAACUGUCACACAACUCAAAACUUCUCAAACUGUCACCCAACUCAGAAUUUCUCAAACUGUCACCCAACUCAGAACUUCUCAAACUGUCACACAACUCAAAACUUCUCAAACUGUCACACAACUCAGAACUUCUCAAACUGUCACACAACUCAAAACUUCUCAAACUGUUACCUAACUCAGAAUUUCUCAAACUGUCACCCAACACAGAGCUUCUCAAACUGUUACCCAACUCAGAGCUUCCUUGUCACCCCUACUUAGUACUUUCUCUCUGA